AACUCUCUUAUUCCUUCUAAAUGGCUAAAGUGUAUCCUCAAGAUCAACCCAGCAGCUCUUCUUCUCCCUACAUGACCUCAAAGAGAGAAACAUUUACUCUAUGGAUGAAAUCUCUGGUGUAUCAGACAAAUGGUUGCACUGUUUACAACACAACUGGUGAUAUUGUUUAUCGUGUUGACAACUACGAAAAGAAAGGUAGCAGUGAAGUUCAUCUCAUGGAUCUCCGAGGCAAAGUUCUUUUUACCAUAAGAAGAAAGAAAUUCUUAGCUUUUGGUGGUUGGGAGGGCUAUAGAUGCAGAAGUAGUCAUGGUUCUUGUGUAAACGAAGAGAAGCCAUGGUUUCGAGCUAAAAAAUGCUACAAAUCCAUGCUUAUGGGAGAUUUAGCUUGUCAGGUUACCGUGGGAUAUGAUAAAUACUGGAUUGUUAGAUUGGCAGGCAAAGCAGCAUUCAGAAUUGUAAAUACUGAUGGAGAUAUUGUUGCAGAGGCAAAACCAAAGCACUCAUCUUCAGGAGUAUUGUUGGGAGAUGAUGUUUUAACUUUGGUGGUGGAGCCUCAAAUGGAUCAUUCCCUCAUCAUGGCUCUAGUGAUUGUGUAUGGACUCAUUCGACGUAGAGUAUAAAUCAACAAGACAAAUCUUCUUUAACCACAAAAUGUAAAGGCAUUAUUAAUCUCUUUUUGGAGCUUCUGAUUCUGUUCUUUUCUCUCCUUUUUUGCUGUGUUUUUGUGAGAGGGAGUAGAAUUUAGAAGAGAAGAUCAGAAA